AUGAUCAAACUUUGGUUAAAUGAGGAAGAUGAACAAGAUUAUGCUUCUGAAGCUGUUAGUACACCAACAACAAUUCCAAAUAAAUGUCCAACGUUUCGUGCUAAUGUUUCUUCUUCCCUUUUUGAAAGCACCAUUAAUACUUGCACUGAUACAUCAACUCCUUUUCAAAAAAAUUGUCCAACUUUUCGUGCUAACAUUCCUUCCUUACUUUUUGAAAGCACAAUUCUUGAUCAAAGUUUGAAUGAGGAAGCUAGUAAAUCAACUGCACCUCCAAAUAAAUGUCCAACUUUUCGUGCUAGUAUUCCUUCUUUUUUUGAGAGCACCAUUUGUCAGGAUUCGGUGGUGGAUGAUCGUGCACAAAGCCAUGAUUUUGAAACAGCUGGACCUAGUACAUCAACAAAUUUUCCAAAACCACGCUCCUCUUUAAAUAAAAAUCAAUUUGUUUUGAUUAAGGGAACUCCUUGCAAGGUUUUACUUACAUUAAAUUCUGGUGUCUUUUAA